AGAAAUAUAAGAUGAAUGGCAGCAGCACGCAAACUUUUGCACAGAGUGGUGCACUCUUGAGAGACAGAAGACAAAAAACCUUCAAAAUCAUUGUUAUAGGAGACAGCAGUGUGGGGAAGACAUGUCUUACAUUUAGAUUUUGUGGGGGUCACUUUCCUGAGAGAACUGAAGCUACUAUAGGUGUUGACUUUAGGGAGAAGAGGGUAAAUAUUGACCAUGAAGAAAUUGUGUUGCAGCUGUGGGACACUGCUGGGCAGGAGAGAUUCAGACGAUCAAUGGUUCAACACUACUACCGUAAUGUCAGUGCCGUGGUUUUUGUGUAUGAUGUCACCAGGAUGUCUUCAUUUCAGUCUCUGCCAUCCUGGAUUGAAGAGUGUAAUCAGUACAGCCUGAGUUACAACAUACCAAGAAUUCUGGUGGGAAACAAAUGUGACUGCAAAGGUCAGUUGGCUGUUCCAACUAAUGUAGCACAGAGGUUUGCAGACCAUCACAGUAUGCCUCUUUUUGAAACUUCUGCCAAGGAUGACAGUGACUGUGACCAUGUAGAGGCCAUCUUCAUGACACUUGCUCACAAACUGAAGGCUUCUAAACCAAUGAUGCCCAUCAGUCCCACCCAAUUUCCAGUGGAUGACAUUCAUAGAGCAGAAGUUGCAUCUGUUGGUAGAGAGCGAAAUGGUGUUGCAGUCGAUGAUUCUGGAGCAUGCUUUUGCUGAUUAUUAUAACACUAAUCAGUGGGGGAAAAGCACUAAGCCCAUAGUGGUUAUACAGUCUUGGGGAAUGGGAGGCAAUCAGGUUUCAUCCAAGGAAGACGAGAGGAUGUCCACUUGCAUCAAGAGUCCCUUACCAGCGUUAAGGCACCUCCCUCGAGUUAAUUUUUGUUGUUGAGAUAUUAAUCUACUAAUUAAUAUUUGUUUUACAUGACCAUGUAAAGUUUUAAUAUUUUGCUUAUACAAGAAUUUUUACAUUGAAGUUUCACUAUAGAAUAAGGUUCUUCAUACCCGGUAAUUCUGGUAAGUUGGUUCAUGGAAGUGGAAGUACAAGUAUUGUAUAUGCAGUUGCAGUUAUACAAUAUUUUUGUUGUAUGUGCAAUAUUUAUUCAUAUUCAAGUAAUACUUUGUAACAUUUAUAACUUUUACUAUUUUGGUUCAGAUCACAUUAAGUUUCAGUACUGAAUGUUUGUGUAUCAUUAGGGGUCAAGUUUUAAGGUAAUAUUCAGUAGCACCAAGUGCAAAUGAGUGUUUUUAACUAAAUACCUUGCAAGAUAAAGUAUCUGAUGUAAUGUUUUGCUAUAAAAGCUUUCUCAAGCCUCUGAAGAAAACUUGUCCAGCAUAGCAAAACAUGAUCUGUAUAAUAAAUUCUCAUUCUCUGUAGUAUACUGUUUACAAUGUAAGGUAAUGUUGCUAAGCACAGUGGCAUCAGGGUAUCAUUAACAUCUCAGCUUUAGUAGAAUAUUUGAACCAUAGAUCUUAACAAGAUUUGUAGGUACUGUAAAGAAUUGUGCUUAUACACUUUAAUUUUCAUUCUUCUUAAUGCAAGCAAGUUUCUCUUAUGUGAUAAUCAUUAUACAAAAUCAGUUGAAAAGUUUUAGGGAUUGAAUCAGAAAUUAUUUUCUGUGGCUAAAACAUACAUAUUAGUGUUUACCAGUUUUCAUCCCUGAAAUUUAAAAGUUUCAGAAAUAAAAUAUACUAGAAAUAUUUGAAUAUUUUGUGUAACAUGUCAGUUUUAUUAGAAUGUGGACAAAUUCUUGGCUACUAAUCCUCCAGUACAUGGAAAAGAGGGGGCUACACUAGGUACUUUCUACUACCAGAUCUGUCAUUGUUUUAAUAAUUUUGAUAGGUUUUAUUUCUUCGGUACAAUAUAGGGAAAUUAGCUAAUCUUGUGGAUCUUUCAAUCCAAGUGACUUGCUUUGAUUGCUAGCCAAGUAAGAAAGGAUGAUUUGCUUUCAUUUCAACUUCAUGAUAGUUUGUUCUGUGCAUUUUAAUGGUGGUUUAUAGUCAAACUAUAAAUAUUAGCUUUAAAACUAAAAACUGAGGAAUAAUAUUCUUCAUACCAUUCCAAUAUUUUUAUAUAUUUUAUGUUGUACAUAUACUUUGUGUAAAGAUAGAGCAUCUUCUUCCAUAUAUAUGUAUUCUAUACUAGGUGAACUGUAUAUAUAUACACCCUUUCUACAUUAUUCUAAUGGCAGAAUACAUCUAACACUCAAUGCAUAUUAGAAACCCUAAAUAUGGACAUUUGAGACCCACCCUUUAGAAUUUGUACAUACAAAAUUUUCAGUGAUAUUGUAAUGAAAAAUUAAAGUUUAUAAUAAA